AUGGCGGCGUCGGACUCCAGCGUUGGGCCUCGGCGUCGUGGGUCCCAGCUUCCCCCGGCAACCAACUUCGUCGUGCCCUCGAGCUCACCGGGGCCGGCUAUUUAUAGGCGGCGUAAGGCGGUUGGCCGGGGGAAAUAUCUCCGGCUGCCAGCGGAUAGCCGGCGUAAGGCGGUUGGCCGGGAGAAAUAUCUCCGGCUGCCAGCGGUGGCGCUCGUACGGCAGCGGCGUGAGCCUCACUUGUCAGCUUCGUCUUUCAGCUCUAGCACCUGGAUGGGAGAUAGUCAAUCGGCCAAUCUAUCCAGUGGCAAGGACAGAAAGAUAGGGAGUCACCACCCACGAGUCAAGACAAGACUCCAGAGGUGCUCACAUGUCACAAGCAGGGAGCCAAGGAGGAUAGUGGUGACUGGUAUCCAGCUUCGAACGGGUAGUCAACGGACGCACAGGCGCACGCCGCACCCGCACAGCGGCCAGUGCGGACGCGCCACAGAACUCAGAGCAGCACGGUGUGAGGAAGCCGAGGAGGAGGCGCGCGAGCAGCAGCUCUACCGCGGCCUAAAUGACGCGGGCGCGAGCAGCUCCCCCGCGGCCUCGUCGGCGCAUGUGCGAGCAGCAGCUCCGCCGCGGCCUCACGGGCACGCAUGCGAGCAACUCCGCCGCGUCCUCGCGAGCGCGCGGAGAGGGAGGCCGAGGUGGUGGCUCACCCGCUGGGGAGCUCGCAUGGGGAGCUGCUGCUCCGACGAACUGGGCGUGAAGGCUGUGCCGAGCCUGUGGUGCGUGCCACAUCCCGACGCUGGGCGAUGGAGCUCUGGCCAUGGGCGAUGGAGCUCCGACGAGCUGUCUCCCAUCCAGGGUUUUUGA